CAUAUCCCAAAUUGUAACUAAGCCAAAAUUAUAAUAAUGUUUUGCUUGGGAGUUCAUCAAUUUUCUCCACUUUCAUUAAUCCUUAGUACUACAAAAUUAGCAAGAGCAAGUAGAUUAUCAAGUGCUUGCUACCCCAUCCAAUGUACUAUGGUCAAUAGUACAAAUAUUACUAAUAAUACUACUAUAUUUGAUAAUCAUAUUCAUAGAAGAUCAGCCAAUUAUGAACCUCCCAUUUGGUCUUUUGAUUACAUUCAAUCUCUUUCAUCAAGCCAAUAUAAGGGAGAAGCAUGUACAAGUAGAUUGAAUGAGCUAGAGGCAAAUGUGAAAGAGAUAUUGUUAGUUGAGAUGAAAUCUAACUCUUUAGCUCAACUUGAGUUUAUUGAUGCAUUGCAAAGACUUGGAUUAUCUUACCGUUUCGAGACUGAAAUAAACACUAUUUUAAAUGAAAAGUACUCCGGUAAUAUUAUCGAUAACCCUAAUUAUAAUUUGUACGCCACAGCUCUCGAAUUCAGGCUUCUACGCCAUCAUGGUUAUGAUGUAUCUCAAGAAAUUUUCAAUGUGUUUAAGGAUGAGAUUACAAGCAAGUUCAAGGCAAGAACGAGUGGCGAAGAUAUAAUUGGAGUAUUGGCUUUAUACGAAGCUUCAUUCUAUGGCAAAAAAAGUGAAAGUAUUUUGGAAGAAGCUAGGGUUUCCUCAAUCGAAUGUCUCGAAAAUUACGUAGCAACUAUGACGAUGGAGCGAAACAAACCAUCAUUAUUAGUCAAUGAUUAUGAUGAUGAUAAUAAUAUGUUAUUAUUAGUGAAUCAUGCCUUGGAGCUUCCACUUUAUUGGAGAAUAACAAGAUCAGAAGCAAGGUGGUUCAUUGAUUUAUAUGAAAAAAAUCAUAACAUGAAUUCUACUUUGCUUGAAUUUGCCAAAUUGGAUUACAACAUGGUACAAUCCAUAUAUCAAGAAGAUCUAAAACAUCUCUCAAGGUGGUGGAGCCAUACAAAACUUGGAGAGAAAAUGGAUUUCUUUAGAGAUAGAUUAAUGGAGUGUUUCUUAUGGACUGUGGGAAUAGCAUGUGAGCCAGAACAAAGCUAUUAUAGAAGAAUGUCUGGAAGAUUAUAUGUUCUAAUAACAACAAUUGAUGAUAUAUAUGAUGUCUAUGGAACAUUGGAGGAAUUAGAGCUUUUCACUAAUGCUGUUGAGAGAUGGGAUGUGAAAGCAAUGGAUGAUUUACCAGAAUAUAUGAGGAUGCCUUUCUUUCUUUUACACAAUACCAUAAACGAAAUGGCUUUCGAUGUGUUAGGAGACCAAAAUUUCCUCAACGUUAAAUUCCUUAAGAGGACGUGGGUAGAUUUCUGUAAACAUCAAUUACAAGAGGCAAAAUGGUUUCACAGUGGAUACAAACCAACAUUCGAAGAAUACAUUAACAAUGCAUGGAUUUCGGUAUCAGGACCGAUUAUUCUUAUGGAUGCUUAUUUCUCUCUUACAAAUCCUGUUACAAAAGAUGCCAUAAAAUUACUGGAAUUAGGUUAUCCACCCAUAAUUUACCACGCAUCCAUGAUUCUACGACUUACAGAUGAUCUAGGAACAUCGAAUGAUGAAAUGAAAAGAGGUGAUAUUCCGAAAUCAAUUCAAUGUUACAUGAACGAUACAGGUGUUUCUGAAGAUGAAGCUCGAGAUCAUAUGAAGUUUCUAAUAAGUGAAUUAUGGAAGGAAAUAAAUAAUGAAGAUGAAAAUAUGGACUCUCCUUUCUCAAAACAAUUUCUUCAAAAUUGUAAAAAUCUUGCUAGAAUAUCACAAUUUAUAUAUCAAUAUGGAGAUGGACAUGCUUCUCAGGAUAGUUUAUCAAAACAAAGAAUUUCAGAAUUGAUAAUUAAUCAUAUUCCUUCUUAAUUAUUAGUUUUAUAAUAAGUACAAGGAAUAGUACUAUUUAAAUAAAUUUUAUGUAAAAUUUUAAGUAUUAAAGUUUUAAAACUUAAUUAUUUUGUUGAUUUGUGGUGAAAAAUAACUAUGUAUCAUUAUUCAUAAAUUCUCAAUCAAUUGUAUUUCUGAAUUACUUGAUUUUCUUUUAUUAUAUUAUUAUUAUAUAUUAGUUAUAUUGUAUGAGGAAUUUUCAUGAAUCAUGUGUUUUUG